AUGAAUAUUGUAGUAUUUUCAGGUGGUACAGCCACAAAUUCGCUAACUCCAUGCUUCACAGAAGUCUCCGUUGCUAGGGGAUUCGAUUUAGCAUAUAUCCUCCCAAUUUCUGAUAAUGGUGGGUCUACGAGUGAAAUUCUUAGAGUUGUUGGUGGUCCCGCUAUUGGGGAUAUUAGAUCUCGUAUCGUUCGUCUAAUGAGAGACCCUCAGUUGGUGGAAUUAUUCGCUCAUAGGUUACCUGAUGAUAAGGUAAAAGCAAAAAUGGAAUGGAAUGAAAUUGUGGAAGGCACUCAUUAUCUUUGGAAUGGUGGUAUUUCUCCCGAGGUAAAGGAGAUGUGUAGAGCUUUCUUUAUUCAUAUUCAGUCAGAAUUGUUAAAGAAGAAUAGGUCUUCGAACCCAUUCCAAUUUGAAAAGGCUUCCUUAGGAAAUUUAUUUUUAACGGGAGCUCGUCUAUUCAUGGGGUCCCUAGAUGCAUCCAUUGAAUUGAUGAUGAGGAUAGGGAGAUGCAGUUCCAAAGUACAUGUUAUUCCCUGUAUUAACACUAAUCACACUCACCACAUUUCUGCGCUUCUUGAUAAUGGUGACAUUAUUACUGGUCAAUCUCAAAUAUCUCAUCCUUCAAAAUCCCUUGCCACGACACUGGAUACUCCCACACAUACAAGGAAUCUUUCCAAGACUAAGGAUCAAUUCAUUCAUUUGCUAGAACUUGAUGAUGAUUUAAUGGAUAGUUCCACUGCAUCCAUAGAAGAUACGCCCUCCAAAUCACAAAGUGAACAAUCAUUGGAAGUGCCGGAAGAAGUAGAAUAUGCAAACCCACUGUAUAUUCUUCCUGAAUUGAAACAUUCUCAAUUACAUUAUGAUAAAGUGGAUGAUAAUGAAAUGUUGCCCUCCACUGUAAAGAAGAUUCUUUACAUUAAUCCAUAUGGGGAAGAAAUUAAACCAAAUGCAAAUUCUAGAGCUAUUGCCAAGGUCAAGAAGGCUGAUAUGAUUGUUUAUUCCAUUGGGUCAUUGAUGACUAGUUUGUUACCUAUUAUUAUAUUGGGAAAUUUAGCUGAAGUCAUUAUGGAAUCUCAAGAGACAAGAAAAGUGUUAUUAAUCAAUAACAAAUAUGACCGAGAAACAUUUGGACUCGAUGGAAAUCAUUAUGUAAAAGUGAUCGUUAGAUCCAUGGUGGAAGCUGCUAGAUGUUAUAAGAAAUCUAAAGGAAUGAUGGUAAACUCUAUGAAACAUGUUAGUUGGAAUCAUUUCAUAACUGAUAUUGUUUACUUGAAAGAGGGUGAGAUUAAGAUUGAUGAAGAUCGAAUGUUAGCGCAUGGUAUUCAUUGCCAUACUAUCGAUUCAGCUCUGAUGGAAAAUGAUUCAUUGGCAGAAAUCUUAAAUGAAAUCAUUGCUCAUAACAGAAACUCGUCAGAGUAA